AUGCCCAAGACCGCAUCUCCCGCGCCGUCUGGCCACAAUCCCUUUGAUGACCCAGCUGGCUCUGAGGCAUCGCUGGAAUCCAAUAACGUACUCACAGUUGACCGCAACGCAACGCUCACCCUGGGAACCGAUUCGCUGAUUCUGCUGGAUGAUGGGUUGAGACAUCGGAGAAAAUUCUGUGGACUACUGCCAUCAUUAUCCAAGACGACUCGCGCCAUACCAUUUCACAGCAUUCUUUGGGCUGGACUCAGUGACUUCGAAGUAACCGUACAUUACGUGCAGCCAGUUGGGAGGAAGAGCAAGGCGUGCAAAGUGUCGUAUAUUCACUACACGAUCACGGACAAGACCUUACAUUCCCACGCGAAGCAAUGGGUGGAACAGCUCUUGAAUCGAGCGUAUCCGCCGAACACGCGCAGGAAGAAGAGGAUAAAGGUGCUGGUGAAUCCGUUUGGUGGGCAGGGAUACGCGCAGAAGAUAUGGACGAGAGAUGUGGAACCUAUAUUAGCUGCAGCGCAGUGUGAGAUUGACGUGGAAAGGACGGCAUACAGAGGACACGCUGUAGAGAUUGCGGAAAAAUUGGACAUUGAUGCAUUUGACGUUGUAGCAUGUGCUUCUGGGGACGGUCUGCCUCAUGAGGUAUUCAAUGGACUGGCCAAGCGACCAGAUGCGAGACGAGCACUUCGCAAGAUCGCUCUCUGCCAGAUCCCUUGCGGGAGCGGUAACGCGAUGAGCUUGAAUUGCAAUGGCACGGACUCAGCUUCGCUAGCUGCUGUGGAGAUUGUGAAAGGCAUCCGAACACCCCUAGAUUUGGUCGCAAUAACUCAAGGAGACAGGAGAAUGUGGUCCUUCCUCUCUCAAGCCGUAGGCAUCAUCGCCGAAACAGACCUGGGCACAGAAUCUCUCCGCUGGAUGGGCUCAUUCCGCUUCACAUGGGGCCUCCUGGUCAGGAUGCUGGGCAAAACCAUCUACCCGGCCGAAAUUUCAGUCGUCACAGAAACCGACGACAAACGCGCAGUACGAGAACUCUACCGCAGGGCAGCCGAAGAACACGAAGCAGCAAAUUCCAAGAACCUUCACACCGAUGAGGAAGAAGACGAACACCCAGACCCCUCAGACCAACAACUCCCAACCCUAAAAUACGGCACAAUCCUCGACCGCCUCCACCCAGACUUCCUCACAACCGACCACCCAAACCUAGGAAACUUCUACGCAGGAAACAUGUGCUACAUGUCCCCCGACGCCCCAUUCUUCGCCGCCGCCUUGCCCUCCGACGGUCGUCUGGACUUAGUCAACAUUCCCGGAGACAUAAGUCGGCUAUCGGCCCUACAAAUGCUCGUAAAAGUAGAAAAUGGAACCCUCAUAGACUUCCCUCAAGUCCAGUAUUCCAAAAUUCUGGCUUUUCGAAUCAAACCACGAAAAGCUGCUCCAGAAGCGGGACGCAGGUUGAGGGCGAGGUUUAGGCAGUGGUUGGGAGGGACGGCAGGGCAGACGGAGGGUUUGAUUGCGAUUGAUGGGGAGAGAAUACCGUUUGAACCGUUCCAGGCAGAGGUGGUGCCUCGAUUGGGAACUGUUUUGAGUAAAGAUGGGAAAUAUGAGUUUGCGGGACCGAAGGCUCCGUAG